GCAAACGAUUCUCGUUGAGAAGACGUAUAAGAGCCAGGCAACGUCCGACCUCUGAACAAGUAUCGCUAUUCCGAUACCUCCCCUUGUCUAUGAACAGCAAUGGCAUCCAUCUACCAAAAGGUCCUCAUUAUUGGCGCCACGUCGGGCAUUGGCAAGGGCCUCGCCGGCAAGUUCGUUGAGAACAACGUAUCUCUUAUCGUCGCUGGGCGAAGAGAGCAGAAUCUUGCCGAAUUUGUGAACCAACAUGCCGGCCAGAAUGUCCAGAGCAAAGUCUUCGACAUCACCAAGCUUGAUCAGAUUCCAACCUUCCUCCAAGAAGUCUUCACCGAGCAUCCGGAUAUCGACUGUGUAUUCGUCAACCCGGGCAUCCAGCGGCCCUUCGACUUUAGCAAACCCGAAACUGUCGACCUGACUAUCUUUGACGAUGAACUUCUGACCAACUAUACCUCGGCUGUGCACUUUACCAAAGCCCUCCUCCCGUACUUGCAGAAACAGAAGAAGCAGACCGCCGUCGCAUUCACCACAUCUCAAAUGGCCCUCGUCCCCAUGAUGCGCUGCCCCAACUAUGGGGCUUCCAAAGCGGCCCUCCACCACUUUAUCCUGGCUCUUCGCACCCAGCUGAAAGAUGGACCGGGUGAUGUUCGAGUCAUUGAGAUAUUCCCGCCCGCUGUGCAAACCGAGUUGCACGACACGAAACAUCAGCCUGAUUUGAAGGAUGGACAUCUUAUCGGCAUGCCUUUGGAUGAGUUUAUCCAAGAUGUCUGGGAGCAAUUUAUCCAGGGAAAGGACCAGAUUGCGGUCGGAUCUGCACAGGAUAUUUUCAACUCGUUCGAGGUUACGAGACAGACGCUGUACAACAACAUGACGGCGCAGCUGAACGUUCUGUUGAAGGAGUUCCUGCAGUAAAAAAGAAAGUUAGAUUAACAGUAGCCCGAUAUAAACAAGGCUUCUCUUAUCCCAUGAGUUGCACUUGCAGUUAUAUCAACAAUGUGUAGACGGCCAGCAACCCACGCAUUUAAUAGAACCGUCAUGGACAACAUGACAGAAAUCGCUUUCAAUAGGCAGAAAAAUAUCACUCACCCGAGAGUUUAGAUCUACUUGAGUAACUGUUGAAUCUCGGUGCCUGGUCAAACACGAACCACCUGACCAACAUACAUAAAUGAUUACUGCCUGAAGAUUGUCCCGCAACGCCCAACCUGAUUCCCUUAGCGAGUUGAAGGACUGGGCUUUCUUCAACAAAUAUGGAUUCCUGCUCUGAGAAGGCAAACCCUUCCGCUGAGUGAG